GUUGGAUUUUCGCUGCCUCCGAAGAAGUGAGCGUUGUUUCUCGAAACGCUGGCAGUUUGGAGCAGGAGAAAUUUACGUUUUAUAACAAUUCAUAAUAAAGUAUAUAAAAAUGCCGGCGGGUAGAAAUUUCAGAAGGAAAGAGGAGUCUUCUGAUGAAGAGGAAGCUGAAAAAGUAACUGCUGAAGUCAGGAAUAAACUUAAUGAAACAAAGGAGCUGCAGAGUUUACGGAGAAGACAGAAAGGUGUGAGUUUAGCAGCAUUACUUGUUGGAGAGAGAUUGCCAUUGGAAGCAGAGAUAGAGGAUGAUCCAUUUAAACUCAAAACAGGAGGCAUCGUGGACAUGAAGAACGUAAAAGACAGAACAACAGAUAUAACAGAGGACGAUCUGAACCUGGGAACUGCUUUCUCAGCUGAAACAAACAGAAGAGAUGAAGAUGCAGACAUGAUGAAAUACAUUGAAACCGAGUUGAAGAAGAAGAAAGGAUUAUUGGAGGCAGAGGAGCAGAAGGUGAAGAUAAAGAAUGCUGAGGAUCUCCUGUAUGAGCUGCCCGAGAACAUCCGGGUCAAUUCUGCCAAAAAGACGGAAGAGAUGUUGUCCAAUCAGAUGCUUAGCGGCAUUCCAGAAGUGGACCUGGGAAUCGAUGCCAAGAUAAAGAAUAUAAUCAGUACAGAGGAUGCCAAAGCUAAGCUGAUUGCUGAGCAGCGGAAUAAGAAGAAAGACAGUGGUACUUCAUUUGUUCCAACCAACAUCGCAGUGAACUACGUCCAGCAUAAUCGCUUCUACCAUGAAGAUUCGAACGCACCUCACAGACGGCACCGAGAAGAGCCCAAAGCACGACCACUGCGCGUAGGAGACACUGAGAAACCGGCACCAGAAAAAUCACCACCCAACUACCGCAAGAGACCAAACAACGAGAAGGCCACAGAUGACUAUCAUUAUGAGAGAUUCAAAAAGAUGAACCGGAGAUACUGAUCCCUCAUGUCUUUUGCAGAAAAUCAAACAAACACAUUACAGGUGUAAAUAUAAUGUCUUUUCAACAAAAGUGCAAGGGAUACGUGGCUGUGUUAUAUUAUAUUGAUUGUGAUUUGAAUGUGAAUCACUUCAUGAUAAUGUUGCAGUGUGUAUGACUUCAUAAAAAGCAGUCAACCAACAUACUAUGAAUAUAAAAGAUAUAUAAAAUGAGUCCAAGUGAUGAUUUUGGUUGUAGAGUGUGAACAUGAGUGGCAAUAGUAUUGCUGCCACACUUCUCCAGGGUUUUAUCUUUAGCUCGGAUUACUGUUUAUGUGGAAUGGGGCAUGUUCUUCACAUUUAGGGGAACUCUGGUUUCCUUCUAUUUCCCAAAACAUGCCAGUAUUUACUUUCUAUGCUUAAUUGCCCUAAAGAGUGGGUGAAGUUCUGAUAUUGACAGUUCGUGGGAUUCCUCUGGAUUCACUAUGAUUCUGAUAGAGGGUUAUGAGGGUAAUGAAUGGAUGGGAUUAAUGUAUGUGAACGUGAUGUCCUUCUUAAUAACUUCCUGGAUUCCUUACUAAAAUGUUACAUACUGCAUAUUUAGUUAAAUAAAACCUCAGAAACAUA